CUUCAUCAGCAUCUUCUUCUCUUCUUGGUUAUUAUUGAAACUAGGAUGCAGAGUUAUAGUAUGGAUCAUAUGAACCACUGCUUCACCGGUGUCGACUUCUCUGUCAACCUAUGUUCCGGCGAGAACGAAGGCAGUGAACCGAAAAGGCGGGUCAUCGGAGAAAUGGACUUCUUCUCAGAGGACAAGAAGAGGGUGAACUCAGAUCAUAAGGUGCCCUCUCUUAGUGCCACCCAAAAAGAAGACCUUGCCAUCAAUACUGGAUUGCAACUCACUGUAAAUGUUAGCAGUGAGCAAUCAACAUUAGAUGAUGGACUGUCUCCUGAUGAAGAAGAGAAAGAAAGGAACAUGGAGAUGACAGCAAUGAGAAUAGAGAUUGGAAGGUUGAAUGAAGAGAACAAGAAUCUUAGAAACAUGUUAAGCCAAGCCAGUGGAGCUUAUGAAGCUCUUCACAUGCAUCUUAUAAGGCUAAUGCAACAAAGAGAUCUCAACAAACGCAACUCACUCAAUCAUAAUAUAUCGACUGUGGCCGAUGUGACGGAGAUGGUGGAAGAGCCAUCACAAUCUUCGACAGAAGGCGGGAGCCGAGAACGGUCAUCACCGACUCCGGCAAACAGCAAGAAUGAGAUGGUCUUGUUUGAUAGAGAGGGAGGAAGAGGGAUUGGAAAAGAAGAGAUUAUUGAUAGAGAGUCAAAUGCAUGGCUUCCAAGUAGAGAACAUGCCAAAUUACAGCAGUCUAAGGAUGCUGAUCAAGCUCAUGAAGCCACAAUGAGGAAGGCCCGUGUCUCAGUCCGGGCUCGUUCCGAUGCGUCCAUUAUCACUGAUGGAUGCCAAUGGCGAAAAUACGGUCAAAAAAUGGCGAAAGGAAAUCCAUGUCCUCGAGCUUAUUAUCGGUGUACAAUGGCCGCUGGUUGUCCCGUUCGUAAACAAGUACAAAGAUGCGCAGACGAUCGAACAAUACUAGUGACAACAUAUGAAGGGAGCCACAACCACCCGUUGCCACCGGCAGCGAUGGCGAUGGCCUCGACCACCUCCGCCGCAGUCUCGAUGCUCCUUUCCGGCCCCAUGUCAAGCUCUGAUACACUGAUGAACUCCAGUGUAUUUGCAAGAACAAUGUUACCUAGCACCUCAACCAUGGCCACUAUCUCAGCAUCAGCUCCAUUCCCUACUAUCACUCUUGACCUAACUCAAAACCCUAACCCUAUUCAACAACAAAAACCUCUAAAUGGUUCUCAUUUCUCACUUCCAUUCUCACCACCACCACCAACAACAACAACAACUACACCAACUGCAUUGUUUGGCCAUGCACUCUAUGGCCACUCGGUCAAGCCGGAGAAUUUUCCGGUGACAUCGUUGGCCGAUACGGUAAGUGCUAUCACCGCAGACCCUAACUUCACGGCGGCGCUUGCGGCGGCGAUCAGCUCGUUUAUGGAAAAUAAUAAUGGUAAUAAGAGCAGUGUUAAUGGCAAUGGUAGGAGUCAUCACACUUGUAGUGAUAACAAGAUUGGAAGUAGUUAAAGUAGUUGAG